AUGGGAUCCAGAUAUGACAGAGCCAUCACAGUCUUCUCUCCUGACGGGCACUUAUUUCAAGUGGAAUAUGCACAAGAGGCAGUCAAGCGAGGCGUAUGUGCUGUGGGAGUAAGAGGGACCGAUACGGUUGUCCUAGGUGUGGAGAAGGUGUCCACAGCCAAGCUGCAGGAUCCAAGGACAGUGCGGAAAAUUAUGAAGAUAGACGAGCACAUCUGCCUGGCCUUUGCGGGCCUCACGGCAGAUGCUCGAGUACUGGUCAACAGGGCGCGCACAGAGGCGCAGUCGUACCGCCUCACCUUUGACGAGUCACCCUCGGUGGAUUACCUGACGCGUUGGAUCGCCAACAUCCAGCAGAAAUACACGCAGAGCGGCGGCAUGCGGCCCUUCGGCAUCUCCACGCUCGUCGUGGGAUUCGACAGCGAGGGCAAGCCUGCUCUCUACCAGACAGACCCCUCCGGCACUCACUCUGCGUGGAAAGCCGCCGCCAUCGGCCGCAAUUCCAAGACGGUGCGGGAGUACCUGGAGAAGAACUACAAGGAGACAGCGGGCGGCGAUACGGUGGCGCUGGCUGUGCGCGCGCUCAUGGAAGUGGUGGAAGCUGGCAGCAAGAACCUGGAGGUGGCCAUCAUGGAGAAGGACACCGGGCUGCGGUUGCUGAGCGAUGCUGAGCUGGAUGCUGUGGUCGCGACCAUCGAGGCAGAGAAGGCGGCAGCAGAGGCCGCGAGGAGAGGACCGUCCACAUCAUAG